CUCCCCUUUCUCCACUCUGAAUGUAAAUAACCUCCCACCAACACCACCAUCACCAUCUCCUCUCACUCCUCUCUCUCUCUUUCUCUCUCUCUAUAUAUAGUUCUCCCACUAAACCAUUACAGUAACUUCAAAGAAAGCUAUUAUACUUACCACUUUCAAAUUUCCAAUUAUUCCAUUGGAUGAUAUGAUGAUGCAGGCUUUGAAUCCCUGCACUACCACCACCACAGCAAAAACAGCUGAGAUUAUGUCUAGGUACAGACCCAUUGCACCCAGGCCUGAGAUUUCAACGAACUCCAUUGAGGGCUCUAAUCAUAAUAGCUCAUCUGAGUCUCCAACCAUCAGGCGAUCUCCUUACCUGAGGAACGUAUGGCCUCACUUGCAGGCUCGGCCUACCCGAACCAGGAAGAGAGGAAGGACAGCUGUCGCUCCUCCCCCCAUCAAGAGACCAAGGUUACACUUCUUUGGUCUCACCUCUUCCCCCGCCAACAACCCAUCCUUGCAGGGUUUUGCUCAUGGCGGCUUCAAUGGACUUCCUCAGGUUCCCGUCUCGAACAGCCUCCUCGGCAUCCAUGAAAAGCUAGCUCAGACUCAGACCACUCCUUCAAGCUUGGUCACUCUUUCUCUCCUCCCAUGUCCGAUCAUACCCAAUCAACCUCCACCGCCGGAACUCAACGGAAUCAAACCUUGUGAAUUUGAAGAAGUUAUAGAUUUGAACACAGUAGCUCAAGUUGUUCCUGAAGAAAAGGAUCUCCUGCAACAACUUCAAGGACCCAUUAGCACCCAUGUCAUAGCACCACAGCCUGUUCGGCCGGUUGGCUCGAGUAUAUGUGUCGGAUCCAUAAACAAGGAUCAGGGUUCAAACCCAGAUCCUCGAAUUCCCAAGAAGAAGAAACGAGAGGAGGUAGAGGAAGAGGUUGAGUCAGAGGCCUUGCCAGCCGUGGUAUCGGACUCGAACAACAAAGUAAGGCUAGCAAACUCGGCUUACAAGGAGAUGGUGGGUCAACCAGAAUGUUCAUGGCUGGAUUCUAUGGUUACAUGCGAUGGUCGGCACGCGCGCGGCGGUGCAUCAAAGAGGAUCUGUGGGGAGGUGAUGCUUCAAUUUUCGGAUUCGUGUGUGCCUGUGGACUCAUCAAAUGGGUUUUCUUGCUGGGUGACAAUUGAGUGGGGAAACAAUGGGAAGAGCAGCUCAGUCCAUGCUUUCUGUGAUGUAAUUAGGCUAACCUGCGAGUCCAGGGACUACCUCUUUGAAUGGAGGUUCCAUACCAGAGAGGCUUCUGAAUCUGCUUGAAGCUUUUACUGUACAUGGUGAUGUCGAGGAUCCUGUUAUGGAUGAGAAGUCAAGCUAAAAGUUCUUUUAUUUUGUUUUUCUGCUUUUGCGAGCAAGAGCUUUUGGUUGAGAACCCUAUAUUAGAACUUUGUUUUUGGUUUUGUUGUCUGUAUAUUUGUAAAUAUUGUAC